ACCGCCAAACUAACCCUCCUCAAGUACCUUUCUUGCUUUAACACAUCUGCUCUAAAGUUGCUUAUUUUUCCUCUCUUUCAUCACUCUCCCACACCUUUUCUUUUCUUCUCUCUCUCUCUAUCUUCUUCCCUUAAUUUCUCCCUCUUCCCUCUAUGGCUACUGCUUGGCCGCAGGGUAUUGGAGUAGUGAGGCCAGUUGAAAACCCAAGAACUAGCACAGAGAAAAAGCCUAGGCCAAACAAGGAACAAGCUUUGAAUUGUCCGAGGUGCAAUUCCACCAACACAAAGUUCUGUUAUUACAACAACUACAGUCUUUCUCAGCCCAGAUACUUCUGCAAGACUUGUCGAAGGUACUGGACUCAAGGGGGCACUUUGAGGAACGUCCCAGUGGGUGGAGGUUCAAGGAAGAACAAAAGAUCCUCAUCAUCUUCAUCCAAGAAAGUGAUGAUCCCAAAUCUCAGCCCUCCAAAAUUUUCACCUCAAAACCCUAAGAUCCAUGAUGGGCAAGCCCUAAAUGUAGGUUAUAAUCCCCCCAUCUACAAUGAUUUUGCCCCUUUAGUACAAUUUGGGCUUGACCCUAAAAACCCUAAUUAUAAUAACCACCCUUCUCACAGCUUUUCUCUUCUCACAUCCACUGAUCAGCUCCUCUCUUUGCCAGUAGUUUCUAUGCAUCAUGAUCACUUCAAGCCAAGUAGCUUGAGUUUCUCACUAGAUGGGCUUGGUAAUUUGCAAAAUCACACAAACUCAUCAAGAACCCUAUUCCCUUUUGAGGAAUUAAAGCCUGUUUCAACAGCUCAUGAUGAUCAAUUACAUGAAUUUGGGCUUCAAGAUCAUCACAGAGAGCAUGAAGGGGAUCAUCAUCAGUCAAAUCAUGGAUACUGGAGUGGCAUGUUGUCUGGAGGUUCCUGGUGAAAAUCUCAUCAUCAAACCCUUAUCUAAUUAUUGUUUUACUUUAAUAACUUAUGUUAAAUUUUCUUGAACUACCGAAUAUUUUAGUUUGAAUCAGGUCUGAUCCCAUCAAAAUUACAUUUAUCAUGUGAUUAGUAUAUAAUUUAAGAAGAACGAUCAAUCACAUGAGAAGUGUAAUACCUCUGUCAGUAAUUUAAGAAUUACGAAUGCUUGUUA